UGCUGGGAGUGGCUAGCUCCUGGGAUGGGUGGCUUGUGCAAUGAGUGUAUAUAUAAAGUGCUGCUGGAAGUCUGCAGUGUGCAUUGUGUGUAGAGGGGAAGAAGGAAGGUACUUCAUCCUCAGCCAUCACCAGCAGCAUCCCACACCCACCUUCAAGGCUUCACCAUGACUUCCAGGGAUCUUUACACCUCAUCCUACAAGAAGAUAUUUGGAGAUGCUCCCAGGCCAUCAAGCCACCUGUAUACUUCUAGCUCCAGGUCCUCUCCAGCAUAUAGGCCCAGAGAUACCUACAGCAACAUCUCCUCCUACAAGAAGAUCAGCAGGUCCCCUGCCAGCCACCUUGCCUCAGUGCACCAGGUGGAUUAUGAUCUGCCCCAGUCCACAGCUCUCAGCAAUGAGUUGAAGAUAGUAAGAACCAAUGAGAAGGAACAACUGCAGGGUCUCAAUGACCGCUUUGUCACUUACAUUGAGAAGGUCCACCAUCUGGAGCAGCAGAACAAGUUACUGGAGGCAGAGGUGACCUUGCUAAGGCAAAGGCAGUCAGAGCCCUCAAGGCUUAGUCAGGUCUAUGAGCAGGAGAUCAGGGAGCUCAGGUCAAGGCUUGAGGAACAACUUCAUGAGAAGGACCAAGCUCAGCUUGACUGUCAGCACCUGGAAAAUGCUGUGCACCAACUGGAGGAGAAACUGGAGCAAGAGGCCAAUAAGAGAGAAGAGGCUGAAGAUGCCAUGAAGAACUUUAGGAAGGAUGUGGAUCAGGCCACCCUGGACCGUCUGCAGCUGGAGAAGAAGGUUGAGUCCCUGCUAGAUGAGCUGUCCUUUGUGAGGAAGGUCCAUGAGGAGGAGGUGGCUGAGCUUCAGGCUGCAGUGACAGAGGCUCAGAUUACAGUAGAGAUGGAUGUAGUCAGUAAGCCCGACCUAACAGCAGCCCUAAAGGAAAUCCGUAUGCAAUAUGAGGUCCUGUCCACCCGUAAUCAGCAAUCAGCGGAGGAGUGGUACCAGACUAAGAUUGCCAACGUGUCCCAAGAGGCUGCCCGCAACAAUGACAACAUUCGCCAAGCCAAGGAAGAGAUCUCAGAAUACCGAAGACAACUGCAAGCCCGAACUCUGGAGGUUGAUGCUCUACGCAAUGCCAAUGAAUCCCUUGAGAGGCAGCUCCAGGAGGUGGAGGACAGGAACAAUGAAGAGAUAACUCAAAUGCAGGAAACCAUAAACCAACUGGACAAUGCUCUACGAAAUACUAAAGGAGAAAUGGCUCGCCAUCUUAGAGAAUACCAGGAUCUGCUCAAUGUCAAGAUGGCUCUGGAUAUUGAAAUAGCUGCAUACAGGAAACUCCUCGAAGGGGAGGAGACACGUCUGACCACAGUGGGAGGAAGCAGCAUGUUUGGCAUUGGUUACCCAUAUUCUCCUGGCUCUUACUUCGGAGGGAAGGGUUAUACCUCAUCCACAGUCACCAUCCGGAAAGAAGAGAAAAAAGAAGAGAAAAAAGAAGAAAAGAAAGACGAGAAAAAAGAUGUAUCUGACGGAGGCAAGGGAGGGGGUGCCAGCCAACCCAAAGUACCAAAAUCAGGAGACGCAUCCUCAGAAAAGACCCCCUCCAAGAACUGAGCUAGCUAUGAUCUGCUGAAGCCCACACACCUGCCAUACUAAUACUUCCAUUCACUCAUUUCUUUUUGGAUUUUUUUUUCUCAGCUAGGCUAGCGCGGGUUAAAAUAAAGAAGCCAUAAAACUAUAUUAAGAGCCACGACAAGCUAUAUCCAGUCAUAUAAUGUAAUGAAGAUACUACAUAGCUCAUCCCAUCUUAUUCUCAUGACAAUAUGCAAUAUAGAACAAUAUUAUGUUGUUUUAUAUAGACCUCUUUGACCUCUGUCAAAUUAAGCAAAGAUAAAUUCACAAACAAAAUAUGUCAGAAACACACAAGACAAUAACAGAUAUAUGCAGCCCAUGAAAUGGAAUAUGUUCUCAGCAUGGUCACCCUCCAUGAUGUAUGAUGAGGAACCCCGAAGUGUGCAGGUCCUACCAGUAGACUAUUGUCCCACACUGGUUUUCACCUACUUGACAAUAACACUGUAUACAUAGUACAUAGGGCUAUAGGUACAGUAUAUACUUUAUGUUAGGACAAAAUCUGCCUUUAUAGUGUCAGUGGAAAUUUGGAAGGAAUACUAUGUUGCCCAUGUUGGACAUUUUCAGUAGACUCUCUUUUGUCUUCUCACAAGAUAAGCACCAAUGGAGGUGUCCAGCAGAUACUCUUUCCCUAUCCAUAGGAAGACCAAAGAUUGGGCAUAAUGGGGGAGAGUUAUCAAAACCUGUGUAGAGGAAGAGUAGUGCAGUUGCCCAUAGCAACCAAUCAGAUCGCUUCUUUCAUUUUUCAUAGGCCUCUUUAAAAAUGAAAGAAGCAAUCUGAUUGGUUGCUAUGGGCAGCUGCACCACUCUUCCUCUGCACAGGUUUUGAUAAAUCUUCCCCUAUAACUUCUGAUCUAACAAAUUUUGGCCAGCAGUUAUCUAAUGUCAGGGGCCUGCUGCAUCAUCUGCUGAACAGAUACUAUACAGUAUUUUUCACACUUAUAGGAGAACUCCAGAAUACAAAAAUUGUCCCCCAUACUGCCGGCAGUAAAAAAAUAAAUAGAUACAUAC